GGUGCUGUCAGAGACUGAAGAUGGCGGCGGCAGGGACACAGGGGCUGCGGCGCAUCUCUGCGGCUGCGGCCGUUUUUCUCGCUUUACUGAGCGCGUUGGAACCGGCGAGCUGCGACGAGCAGGUGCCGCUGAUUCUGUGGACCAGCGAAGGCAUCUCCAUGCCAGCUCAGGCUCCUCCCACAGCCGGCCACAUCAUCGGGCAGCAGCAGCUGGCCUCCUACCUGGAGAAAGCUCUGGACGUCGGACCACACAAUGUAGUUCUCUUCCUUCAGGACAAGAUGAGCAUCGAGGACUUCACCAUGUAUGGAGGAGCCUUUGGAAACAAGCAGGACAACGUGUUCCCAAACCUGGAGGGGGCGCUGAUAUCAUCGUCCUCCUCCCUGGUGUUACCUGCCGUGUCCUGGCCUGCGGCCAGCGCAGUAAUUGGUCAGCUGCAGGACCAAUUAGAAACCUCCCCUCUGUACAUGGACCCUGAGACCCUGAGCCAGCUGAGACUGAACGCCUCCUCACCUGCUCUGCUCGUGUUCAGGCUGCCCUACGGCAUCGGGGCUGAUCUGAUGUCUGCCAAAGAGAUUCUCAGUGGAAACGACGAGGCGAUUGGUCAGGUGCUGAGCAUCAUGAAGACGCAGUUGGUUCCAUACACGGCCAUUUACACCGCCCUGCGGCCCUCCAGGGAGGCAGCAUCUCUCUCUAUGGAGGCCGGUCUGGGUGGGGGGCGCUCCCUGCUGCAGGCCAGAGGAGGAUACAGGGAGAAGGCGAGAGAACGGGAGAGGCAGCGGAGGAUCAAGGAGAAGGGUGGAAUCUACCCCCCCGUGGAGUUUAAGGAGGGGGAGAACACCUGCAUCCUGCUGUGGGCUAAGAGCCUGUCGGUGAGCAUCCUGCGCAGCGGUCGCUGGGAAGAGCACAACCUCACCCCCUCCACCUUUGGAGAAGGCGUCACCCCCAACCUUGGAGGCUCGAGCUGUGACAAAACCAGAGCCACGUUGGUGCUGAAUUAUGAGAACGUCCUGAACCACCGCAGCUUCAAACUGAUCUUUGCUCUGAGCCAGCGGCACUACAAGGUGUCGGCCCGCCGCUGGUUCACGCUGGACGCCGUGGAGCUGGAGUACGACGGGACCAAAGCCACGUUCAACGGCAGCAGAAACAUUUACGCUCCCGCCGAGUACUCGUACCGCUGCGAGUCCGUCACCAGCUUCAAGUGGCCGCUGCUCAUCCCGCGCUCAUCCAAAGAUCCAGCCAAUCAGUGGAGGGUCUCCUUUGAAGACUUCCAGAUUCAGGGCUUCAAUGUGAGCGGCAGGGAAUUCUCGUACGCCAGCGACUGCGCCGGCUUCUUCUCUCCGGGGAUCUGGAUGGGUCUGAUCACCAGUCUGCUCAUGGUCCUGGUGCUCACCUACGGCCUGCACAUGAUCAUGCAGCUCCACACGAUGGACCGCUUCGAUGAUCCCAAAGGCCCGGCCAUCUCUGUGCCGCAGACAGAGUAACACACCUGCACCGCACCUGUCCAUCCGUCCAUCUUACUGCAAUGCUUCCACUCCAACCACAUUCCCCCCCACGUUCAUCUGUGGUUACUCAGUUAUUAGUGGUGUCAUAAUAAGGGUUCAUUCGUACAUGAAGGUGUCAGAUUAUAAUUAAUAUGCACUGAAAGUGUCCCCAGUGUGUCCUCAUGUUACACUCUCCUGUAAUAAAAGGGGCUGAAGGCUUUUCCAGAGUCCUCACCGAACUAUUAUUUUCUCUGAAAUCUCACACAUGGACUAAAGCUGAGCUGCAGUCUGCUCCCUGUGAUGAUGUGAAGCAGUGUUAUGAGAAUAUGAGAGUUCACCAUCUGCUAACAUCAGCCCCACACCGAGCAGGAAGGUCUCACCCAGCUGUGGUCGCUGGGCGACAGUCAGCAGGCGGCCGAACUCCAACCUCGGCUUUCAGCCCGUUUACGCUGUUACGGAGGUUCAGUUCUUCCUUCUGUUUUAAAGCUACUUCAUUUAUUAUGAUCAUGCAGCGGAGAACCUUUGUUUGAAUUAUGUUCUUAUAUUUGUUUAUGUUGUCAGGCUGUUUAACACAGCUGCCACACACGCCUCAGAAACUGCUUCACUCACACAGCCAGCAUGUUUCAGCUCUCUUUCCUCUGAGCAGACUUCAUUAGACUUUAUCACUGAUGAGGUCCUGAUUAUGAACCCUGACUGAACAAACACGUGCAGCUUUUUCACUGCAGACUCUGUAAAAACCUUCAGAACAACUAGAAAUCUGUUAAAAAAGCUUGAAAACCCUCUGAGGGGUAAACUGGGUCCUUUUUCAGGCUGCUGUGGAUUCAUUAACACGUGAAAGGGACGGCUGUACAUAAGGGAACAAAUCUAAGUUAUGAGAUGCUAUUUAUUGGUGAAACUGCUGUAAUUUGUUUGUGUUUACAUAAGUGGGCCAGUGAGCUGUAGAUGCUGAAUGCAGGGAACUGUUUAUGGAUAAAUAAAUCAUAUCCACUGUAUUCGUUAACUGUAAGUUUGAAUCUGAGGGAAAAAGUCCAUCAUGAAGCAUUAAUGCAGACUUCCAGUUUCAGGCGUUUUGCAUGAUUAUCCCGACGUGCACUGAAAUGUGUUUGAUGUGAAAUUCUUUUUUUUUUUUUUUUGUCUUAAUUUAUUUCCUGUGAUUUGUCGUGCGUAUGGUUGGAGUUUGGUCCUGUGUUGUUCCGCCGUGACCUCCAAUAAAACAUCUGUGAACAUCCAAA